AUGGGGUGGCGCAGUCCACGCUACCAACACCAGCACCACCACCACUACACUCCCCCGCCCCAUGACCGCUGGAGCCCCCAGCGCUCCCCAUGCUGUGCUACCCAUUCCCCGGGGCGCCGCUCACCACCCCCAGGCCACCGUGCCUCCCCGGGGCGGGGCCGCUCACCCCUGAGCCGCUCCCCACGCCACUCCCCGCGCCGGUGCCCGGGGCUGAGGUCCCCCCGCCGCUCCCCUUCCCCACGGGGUGAGGUGUACCCCUACGAGCGGCGGGGCUGGGGCGGGGCAACCUGGGAGUGGAAGGCGUCCCAACACCACAGCCCCAAGGCAGAGCAGGGGGAGGCGCGGUACAGGAGGGGCAGCGCAGGGGACAGUGCCCCCCUCAAGACAGACGCUGACUCCACCAUCAGCGACUCAGAGCUGCCCUCCGCUGCGCCCCCUGCUCCCCCUAAAGCAGCAGCAGCAGCAGCAACAGCCACAGCAGGUGUACAGCUGGCCCUACCCUCCACAACCACAGCAGUUCCAGUACCCUUAUGAUGCAGCUGAGGGGACUGACACUGCCACCACCACCACCACCACUGCCACCACCGCCACAACAAGGGUUAUUCAGGUGUUGCCCCAAUAUGCUUCAACCCCACAGCCCCACUCCCCCAUGACAG